AUGGCCCGAGCCCGCCCGCCGCCGCCGCCGCCACCGCCGCGCCUGCCGCUGCUCCCGCCGCUGCUCCCGCCGCUGCUGCUGCUGCCGCUGCUGCUGCCCGCCGGCUGCCACGCGCUCGAAGAGACCCUCAUGGACACAAAAUGGGUGACAUCUGAGUUGGCGUGGACAUCUCAUCCAGAAAGUGGGUGGGAAGAGGUGAGUGGCUACGACGAGGCCAUGAACCCCAUCCGCACGUACCAGGUGUGCAACGUGCACGAGUCGAGCCAGAACAACUGGCUCCGCACGGGCUUCAUCUGGCGGCGAGAUGUGCAGCGGGUCUACGUGGAGCUCAAGUUCACGGUGCGCGACUGCAACAGCAUCCCCAACAUCCCCGGCUCCUGCAAGGAGACCUUCAACCUCUUCUACUACGAGGCCGACAGCGACGUGGCCUCGGCCUCCUCCCCCUUCUGGAUGGAGAACCCCUACGUCAAGGUGGACACCAUCGCGCCCGACGAGAGCUUCUCCAGGCUGGACUCCGGCCGCGUCAACACCAAGGUGCGCAGCUUCGGGCCGCUGUCCAAGGCCGGCUUCUACCUGGCCUUCCAGGACCAGGGCGCCUGCAUGUCGCUCAUCUCCGUGCGUGCCUUCUACAAGAAGUGUGCGUCCACCACCGCGGGCUUCGCCCUCUUCCCGGAGACCCUCACUGGGGCCGAGCCCACCUCCCUGGUCAUUGCCCCCGGCACCUGUAUCGCGAACGCUGUGGAGGUGUCGGUGCCGCUCAAGCUCUACUGCAACGGGGACGGGGAGUGGAUGGUGCCCGUGGGCGCCUGCACCUGUGCCACCGGCCACGAGCCAGCUGCCAAGGAGUCCCAGUGCCGUGCCUGUCCCCCGGGGAGCUACAAGGCGAAGCAGGGAGAGGGGCCCUGUCUCCCCUGUCCCCCCAACAGCCGCACCACUUCGCCAGCCGCCAGCAUCUGCACCUGCCACAAUAACUUCUACCGCGCGGACUCGGACUCCGCCGACAGUGCCUGCACCACCGUGCCAUCUCCGCCUCGGGGUGUGAUCUCCAAUGUGAACGAGACCUCGCUGAUCCUCGAGUGGAGUGAGCCCCGGGACCUGGGCGGCCGGGACGACCUCCUCUACAAUGUCAUCUGCAAGAAGUGCCACGGGGGCCCUGGGGCCGGGGGCCCCUCGGCCUGCUCCCGCUGCGAUGACAACGUGGAGUUCGUGCCUCGGCAGCUGGGCCUGACGGAGCGCCGGGUCCACAUCAGCCACCUGCUGGCCCACACGCGCUACACCUUUGAGGUGCAGGCGGUCAACGGCGUCUCGGGCAAGAGCCCUCUGCCGCCCCGCUACGCGGCUGUGAACAUCACCACCAACCAGGCUGCCCCGUCCGAAGUGCCUACACUCCACCUGCACAGCAGCUCAGGCAGCAGCCUGACCCUGUCCUGGGCACCCCCCGAGCGGCCCAAUGGCGUCAUCCUGGACUACGAGAUGAAGUACUUUGAGAAGAGUGAGGGCAUCGCCUCCACGGUGACCAGCCAGAAGAACUCCGUGCAGCUGGACGGGCUGCGGCCCGAGGCUCGCUACGUGGUCCAGGUCCGCGCCCGCACCGUCGCCGGCUACGGCCAGUACAGCCACCCGGCGGAGUUUGAGACCACAAGUGAGAGAGGCUCCAGCGCCCUGCAGCUCCAGGAGCAGCUGCCCCUCAUCGUGGGCUCGGCCACGGCCGGGCUUGUCUUCGUGGUGGCUGUGGUGGUCAUUGCCGUCGUCUGCCUCAGGAAACAACGCCAUGGCUCUGACUCAGAAUACACGGAGAAGCUGCAGCAAUACAUCGCUCCUGGCAUGAAGGUUUAUAUCGACCCUUUUACCUACGAGGACCCUAACGAGGCCGUGCGGGAGUUCGCCAAGGAGAUCGAUGUGUCCUGCGUCAAGAUUGAGGAGGUGAUUGGAGCUGGGGAGUUCGGGGAAGUGUGCCGGGGUCGACUGAAACAGCCCGGCCGCCGGGAGGUAUUCGUGGCCAUCAAGACGCUAAAGGUGGGCUACACCGAGAGGCAGCGACGGGACUUCCUCAGCGAGGCCUCCAUCAUGGGCCAGUUUGACCACCCCAACAUAAUCCGGCUGGAGGGCGUGGUCACCAAAAGUCGGCCAGUCAUGAUCCUCACUGAGUUCAUGGAGAACUGUGCCCUGGACUCGUUCCUCCGGCUCAACGACGGGCAGUUCACGGUCAUCCAGCUGGUGGGCAUGUUGCGGGGCAUUGCUGCUGGUAUGAAAUACCUGUCCGAGAUGAACUACGUGCACCGCGACCUGGCUGCCCGCAACAUCCUUGUCAACAGCAACCUGGUCUGCAAAGUCUCGGACUUUGGCCUCUCCCGCUUCCUGGAGGAUGACCCCUCUGAUCCCACCUACACCAGCUCCCUGGGUGGAAAGAUCCCCAUCCGCUGGACUGCCCCAGAGGCCAUAGCCUAUCGGAAGUUCACCUCCGCUAGCGACGUCUGGAGCUACGGAAUCGUCAUGUGGGAGGUCAUGAGCUAUGGCGAGCGACCCUACUGGGACAUGAGCAACCAGGAUGUCAUCAAUGCCGUGGAGCAGGAUUACCGGCUGCCCCCACCCAUGGACUGCCCCACAGCGCUGCACCAGCUCAUGCUGGACUGCUGGGUGCGGGACCGAAACCUCAGACCCAAAUUCUCCCAGAUUGUCAACACCCUGGACAAACUCAUCCGCAACGCUGCCAGUCUGAAGGUCAUUGCCAGCGCCCAGUCUGGCAUGUCACAGCCCCUCCUGGACCGCACAGUCCCGGAUUACACAACCUUCACGACCGUUGGUGACUGGCUGGAUGCCAUUAAGAUGGGGCGGUACAAGGAGAGCUUCGUCAGCGCGGGGUUUGCAUCCUUCGACCUGGUGGCUCAGAUGACCGCAGAAGACCUGCUCCGGAUCGGAGUCACUUUGGCUGGCCACCAGAAGAAGAUCCUCAGCAGCAUCCAGGACAUGCGGCUCCAGAUGAACCAGACGCUGCCCGUGCAGGUCUGA